AUGGCCGAAGACAAGCAGCUGUACUUGGACGAAGAUCCCAUAAAAGUUCCUGGCAUUCACUACAGCGUCAUCAGCUUCCUUACGCCGAAGGGCCCGCAAAAGUGCGAUACCUUUGGUGUAAAGAUCCGUGGAUCGUUUGAUACCUAUGACCAGGCCAACGCGCAUGCCCAGAGGCUGGCAAAGGUCGACCCGGCCUUUGACAUUUACGUCGUUGACUGCUACCGAUGGCUCACUGCAGCUCCAGACCCUAACCUGCUCGACAAGAAGGUGUACAACAACCCCACGUUGAACACACUCAUGGAGUCGUAUCAGCAAGAGCAAGAACGGGCAAAGCAGCUCUUUGAGGAGCGCAAGGCCAAGCUCUUUGGCGUGCUGCUCGUCCUCGGGGGCGUCCUAAUCUACACGACCGGCAGCCUCCGGGUGGUGCGGGGAGCCCGCGCCCGCCUGCAGGCGCUGCCUGAGCGGAUGGACGCGGCUACUGCGGCCUUGAGGGCGGCAGACUCUGCCACGCAGGCGGCCAAGGCUGCAGCCCCAAAGAAUACCGUGCAGUAUCUGCCAACCUUGGACAUGUUCUUUGCUGGCAACAGCGUUGAGUGUGGCUUUUCUGGGAUUCCUGUCAACAUCACACUCAAGAACGGUAAGAAGGUCAGCUCGUUCCCGCGGUCCUAUGCCCACCUGACCACAGUUGAGAGCUGGAAGCAGCAUAUUGAUGGCAUGAUCGCCUCGCACGGGCGCAACUGCAACAGCAUCGCAGUCUUGACGGGCAUCAGCGAUUGCUAUGUCCUGGAUAUUGACACAACAUCCGACUCCACAAAGCAGGCUGGAAUGGAACUUUGGAAUCGGCUGGUGUUCGAGCACGGGGAGCCGAACACGCUCCGCGCAAAGACAGGGAGCGGAGGUCUUCAUUUCUACUUUUCGGUCUCCCAAACGCCCCGCCUGAAGCGGACCCGCAACUUCUCUGGGGUCAAGGUGGACGGCCAUACCUACGGCAUAGACGGGAGAGGGAAGGGAGGUGUCAUCUUCUGCCCUCCCAGCUCCUACACGGACGAGCACGGCACCCGUUACAGCUACUUUUGGGAGCACGGGGAGCCGCGGCUCGGCUGCAACGGCAUGCCGGACUGGCUGACCGAUCUGGUCAACGCCCAGGGUGGGGCCGCGCUUCCCGACCCGGACGAAGCACCCGGCGAACUUCAGGCCCUUCCCCUCCAGGCCGGCCCGAGCGCCCUGCAGCUGCCAGUAGACCGUUCCAUUGUCCCACGUGGAGAGCCGGCUCACUACGAUCUUGCAUCCGCCCCCAACGCGCUGAUUGUGAGCGGCAUCCGAGAAUUGCUGUUCGAGAAGGCGGGUGACAGGACGAGCCGCUGCAGCAGCACGCUGGACCAUGGCCCGUUUGGCACCUUCUACUGCUUCCGGGUCAGCGGCCCCCGCAUCUGCUUCCUCGGCCAGCAGCACGAUGGAGCAAACAACUUCAACGUCCUCAAGCAGGGCAAGCGGCUGCUCUAUCGGUGUCACGGCACCAUCUGCAGCCACGAGAAGGUCAGGCCGCUGGGCAACCUGCCUCUUGAGGUUGCACUGAUGGACGCAAGCUCGGAAGCAGUGGACGAUGCAAGCGAUGACUCCGUCUUCAACUUCCGGACAAUGUCCUCCAACAACCAGGCGCUCCUCCUCCGGCUGCUGGCGGAGAAGAUACGGGAGAACUACACGGGGUUGGGCCAGGUCUUUGCCUACGUCUACGCCAAGGAGGGGCGCAUCCUCGUGACAGACCCCAAGAGGACCUUCUACUUUUGGGACAGCAAGCAGUGGAUGCGGGACGACGGCGGGAAGGUCCAGAGCACCUUUUGCGUGCAGAUGGCCAGGCUGCUCAGGUGGUACGACCGGCAGCGUGAUGCCCUCCUCAAGCGGAAACUCAUCGAGGUGGGCGCGUGCCAAGAGGACGAGCCCAUGAGCUCGGUGAUCGCGGCCGCGCGGAGGAGCGACGCAAGGGUCAAGAAGGCAGAGGCCCAUGUGGAAGAGGAGCUGCCACGCAACAAGGUCAACGUCCUCAUGGUGGGCGGAUCCAGCAGAGUGUUGCCGGUCCAGUCCAGCCUGCGGAAGGUUUUCGGCGAGAAGGUGGAGGUCUUGGACCGACCAGAGGAGGCCGUUGCGAGGGGAGCUGCUCUGAUGGCGUCCAUCUCGGAAGCCAGGCACCGCAUGGAGAUUGUUCUGCCAGCUGGGACACCUUUUGGACGGACGAAGAGCAAUGACAACUGCUACGUCAAGGAAACAAGCUUCGAGUUCACAGUCCUUCCGGGCAACCGGGAUGACUACGACGGCCUUGACGAGUGCAUUGUGGUGAAGCAGUUCCAAGUCAAGAGGCCCAAGUGGAAGAAAGGGGGCAAGCGCAUCUUCCUGCACAUCGAGUUCCACGUCAUGAUGGACGGAGGUCUGAGCGUCAGGAUUGAGCCUCCCAACAAGGACGAUGCACAGGAGUGCGAGGUGCAGCAGGAGGACCUUCACUCUCGGGACGAGCAGGCGCGGAGGGAGCUCGAGGCGCUCGGCCAUCGCCACAGGGAAGAGCAGGAGAGGCUGAGGGCCAUCGAGUACUUUUACCAGCUCCUCGUGGCAGGCUACCAGGCACUGAGGAGGGUCGUCGAGGGAGUUGGGGAGUCAGCGCUGAGACCGCCCAUGCGGCACGAACUGGGAAAAAUCGAUGCCUUUGUGAGGGAGUCGAAGUCGCGCAAGAUUGCAGACAUGGAUAAAGCAGAGAUGGAAGUGUACUCGGAGAUGGUAAAGGACCUUCAGAGGGAGUUGACAAAGCGAAAGCGCGAGCAAGACGAUGAGCAGAACAAAGGAGAAUUAGAGGAUGAGGAUGAGGAUGAGGACGACGAGGAAUAUGAGGGAGAAGACGAGGACGCAGAUGAUGAGGACGGGAUUGACGAAGAGGAGGCAGCCUUGUAA